AGGUCCCGUUUGUUUUUUCAAUUUCGAGAAAGUGUUACUUCCCCAGAGCCAGUUUCUUCAUUCUGGAUACCGUUUAGGGUACGAUAAAGCGUAGCGACAACAUCGUACUAGCGACAAUUGUACUAGUGUCAAAAACGAGCAAAACCAGAAUCAUGGGUCCCCGUGGAGCACCUUCUGACCGCCCGGACGGGCAGUUCGGACAGCAAAAGCUGAAGAAAUACAACUGCGACGACUGCGGGAAGUUGUUCCUUGAAACGGAACUGUUUGAAGAUGGCGACACCGACUACUGGUACUGCAACGGGUGCUGGGAAAAGUUUGACGGCAAGACGCAGCUUGCGUUCACGUCGAAAACGGAAAUGGACCAAGCGGAAAAACCCCCGAAGGCCAAGUGGCAAAAGAAGGACCACCACGACGACGAGACCGUGCAACCGCCCAGUUCGGCACCAGGCGAACAUCUUCAAGGGGCGAGAGCCUCCAGUACCGCUUGGAAAUCUCGCACGACAACCACGACAAAAGCAUUUCUCACGGACCAGAAAUUCACCGAUUUGCAGCCGAAACUGAACAGUUUGUCGCUGAAGGCGAUUGACAAAAUGGGCUUCAGUUUCAUGACCCAGGUGCAGGCGGAGUCGCUGCCGCCGAUCAUGGAGCACAAGGACGUGUUCGCGAAGGCGAAGACCGGGACGGGGAAAACCAUCGGGUUUCUGCUUCCGACGAUCGAAAAGAUCUGGCAGGCGCGCGCAAACGCAAAUAGCGCGGCCGCGAAAAAGGAUCAAGGUCGCAUUUCCGCGCUCGUUUUGUCUCCGACUCGCGAGUAUCAAAUGUAAAAAUGUCUGGGUCUGGAAGAAUGUAAGAUUUGUGAUGCAGGUUUUCCAUGACCCAUGAGGUCUGAAAUGCGAGACCCAGCAUGACAGAUUCUUUGAGGUCUCUAUCAUGCCUUUCCUGCAUGAGAAACUCCCUCUCAACUUGGUCAAAAGGGGACAGCUUUUGGCACUCAUGCAACACAGAUUUUUGCAUGAUUCGGAUUUAGCAUGACAAGUUGUAAUCUUCCAGACCCAGACAUUUUUGCAAUCCAUAGCGAGCUGGCGAUGCAGAUCUCGGAGGAGGCGAAUGCCUUGACGCAGUUCUGGUCGGACUUCGCGUCCGUUCUGAUGUUCGGCGGCCGGGACAUCAAGAAGGACAAGCAGCAGCUGGAAAAGACUGCCGGGCGGGACAAUAAAACGUACCGCACGAUCGAUCUUCUCGUCGCGACGCCCGGGCGGCUCUACGACCACUUGCAGCAGAACACCGCGAUGAUCUACGAGCGCCUGAUGCAGGGGCAGCACUCGGCGUUCACGCUGAUCCUGGACGAAGCGGACCAGCUGCUGGAGAUGGGUUUCCGCGACGCGAUCGUGAAAAUUGUCGAUUACCUGCCGAAAAACCGUCAGUCCCUUUUGUUUUCCGCAACCUUAUCGAACCAGAUCAAGGAGGUGUUGCAGUUGGUGUUGAAAAAGGACUACACCUUUGUCGACACGUGCAAGAACGAAUCCGCGCCCGCGGCGAUCCACCAGCGGUUCUUUACCUGCGGGGCCUGGGACAUUCUGGAGGUGUGCUUCUCCAUGCUGUUUCGCAUUUGGUUCUCCAAGGGGAAAGAGCCGACUGCGAAGGUGAUCUGCUUUCUACCAACCGCCCGGCAGACCCAGUUCUUCGCCGAGGUCGCGAAUUCGCUGUUUUCCGAGUUCAAGAGGAACAGUCCGAAAGGAAUUUACGUCCCGCAGACGUACGAGAUCCACAGCCGCAAGUCGCAGGCGCAGCGGACCAAGACUUCGGAUGCGUUUCGCGAAGCCGACACCGGAAUUCUGUUUUCUUCCGACGUGUCUGCCCGUGGGUUGGAUUACCCGAAUGUGACGCACGUCCUGCAGAUCGGCGCGCCCGCAUCGCUUGAGCAGUACACCCACCGCAUGGGCCGGACCGCUCGCGCCGGCGAAAUGGGCGAGAGCGUAUUGCUCCUGUGUGAUUUUGAGAAGGACGUGCUGGGCCGCGACUUCGUAAAGCGGUUCGCGGAGCAAGAUCGUGUGCACCUCCCGACGGUGCGGAAGUUUGGGAGGGAAGGCGAAAAUUCUACUUCGUGGAAUAUGGGCACAACUACGACGUCCUCCUACGGACAGAUUAGUCAACCCACCUGGAAGGCACUGUUCCAAGCAAGCUCGGAUCCCGAUGUUUUCGACAAAUCGAAUGUUCUUUCUGUGGCGGACAUCAUGGCGAAAAACCAAGUGUUCCAACUGCUGCUCGGUGGCGACACGACGACUGACGCAGAGGGCAAGACCAAGGACCAGUGCUACGCCGCUUGGCUCGGGUACUACAACGGUCUCUGCCCGAAGCGCAUAUCGUGGAGCAAGGAGAAACUGGUCGAGCAGGCGAAUCUGUACGCGGAGCGGGUUUUGUACUGCGACGAACAGCCCACGUUGAUGAAAAAAACCGUCGGAAUGAUGGGCCUCAAAGGCGUCCCGGGUCUGCGCAUUGAAGGUGGCGGCGGUGGUGGCGGUCAGAAAGGAGGUGGGAAAAAGAAUGGCGGAAAGCAAGAAAAAUCAUCAAAAAAUCAGAAGGGGAGCAGCUCCGGUCCGCAGCAAAGUUCGUCCACUUCUUUCCCGGAGUCCGAAAACAAGCGGCGUAACGGCAAGGGCGGUGGCAAGAAAGGAGGGAAAGGAGGAAAGGGGAAAGGCAAAAAUGCAAGUUCUUGAAGCGAAUGCGAACUGGAGGAUGAGAAUAAGUAAAGGGAAUCGUGAAAACAAGUUCUUUGUUACGCGUAAUUGUCUACUACAUGAUGUAGAUUCAAUUCUUCGAGGAUCAGGCUUUGCUUUGGCAGAACCGAUUUUCGGAUUUACGCUGCAUGACUUUCCAAGAAAAGUAAAAAAUCACCAAAA